AUGCAGUCGUACUCCCACCGGCCUGCGAGGAGUGGAGGGGGGAAGUGGGCGUGGCGGGAGACGGGAGGAACGCCGUGCGAGAAGGAGACGACGCUAACACGAAGGAGGAGACUGUUGGAGAGGGAGGACGACUGGCUGCGAAGGGCUUCUCCAGCCACGGCCCUGCAGUUAUUUGCCCCCGGAUUCGAGGCCGGCGGCGCAUCACUGCAACUAACCCGAGUCCUGGGGGAUGAUCCCGACGGGCGACGGCCCGCGGACAGCUCGUGCGCCGACCAGGCGGGCCCGCCCUUGGCAGCGCAACAGUUCACCAACACCAUCGGAUCACGCGGUUCCGGGGGAGGGGGGUUGGGGGGAGUGCCCGCCGGUGUCAGGCGGGUCGCCGGGCGCCGCACGCACCGAGCGGAGGUGGCGUGCGACGCCCGCCGCCGGCACCGCGACGCGCGAACCACGGGGGGGCGUGCGGCCGCCGCUCACGCCUCCAGGCACGAACUGGCUACACCGUACGUAGACCCUUACGAUGAAACAUACAACAGUAAUGGACUCAUAAAGACCGGCGAGCGCGGGUACCUGGAGGGGCUCGCCUCGCGCUACGCCGACCAGUUCAACACGCACUACGGCGACGUGCUCGACCACCUGGACGACCUGCGGCGCCGCGAGUGGGACGAGCUGUCGCCGAGGAUACGCGUGCUGGGCGGCGGCGGCGGCGGCGGCGGCGGCGGAGGAGGAGGAGCCGCCACCCCCGAGACCCCCGUCGAGCCGCCGCCCGCCGCCCACACCAUCGUGGGCCAGCACACUCCGCAGAGCCACCACGGGCUGACCACGUCGCACUCGCAGCCGAUCUACGUGCCGGGCAAGUACUCGCCGUCCAGCUGCCUCAGCGACAAGGAGGAGGACGAGAUCUACGGCUUCGGCUACGGGGUCUUCGGCAAGCACAUGCUGCAGCGCCAGCAGCAGCACAAGAUGAUCGUGGCGCCGCACGUCGGCUACCAGAGUUGCUUAAGUCCAAGGUCUGCGUAUUUCUACGAGUUCCCUCCAACCGACCAGGGCGGCCACCAGUCGGGCAAGAAGAAGACCAGCUUCUCGCGGUUCCUGCGCGGCCUGAAGACGGCGCACCGCAAGGAGAAGCACGGCGCCAGCUCGCCGCGUCACGGCCGCGCCCGGGCGCACCCUGCCGCGAGGAUGGGGACGAUGGAGAGCGUGGGAGACGGCAUGCUGCCGUCCAUCGUCGACCCCAGGGACUACGAGCGGCUGAGGUUCAUGCAGAUGAACGGCGGCACCGGCAACAGCUUCGAGGAGACCAUACACAGGCUAAAAGUUCAAGAAGUGCUCAAGAAGAGGGAGAGGUUCCACAAGGAACACGAGGAGAUCCUGCGAGACAUCCGGCAGGGCUUGCUGCAGAUCGGGCGGGAGAGCGGGAGGACCGGACUGACGUCAGACGACACGUACAUGUACGACGACGACGCGCGCUGCGCCGGCAUGGGCCAGCACUGGUACGACGAGCCGCCCUACGAGAGCGACCCUGAGGACUUCCUGAUGGGGUCCGGCGGCCAGCCCGUGCCCACCGCCACCAUACAGAACGGCCGGGUGUGCUUCACGCUGAACCUGAGGCCGGAGCCGCGCGGCGAGGGGGUGAUCUCGCUGCGCUCGGCGGGCGACAUCUCGCUGCCCCGCGAGUGCGGCGCGCCGGGCCCGCAGCGCGCCUGGCUCGCCCCUCGCCGCGGGCUGCUGCUGCCGCAGUCGGGGCCCUACCCGGCCACCAUCAUCCCGCUGGGCGAGAGCGGCGACUACGCCGGCUCCGACGUGCAGAGCGUGGGUUCAAGACUGUCCACCAUGUCCAUAGACACAAGCCGGUCAGAGCAGAUGGAAGGUGCUUCGACCUUGCCGUCUCCAUCGUACGUGUACCCAUCGGUCGGCCGCAAGACGCACCAUCCGUCCCACAAGAUGGUUGGCUACACGGUUGGGACUUCUGAGAGGCCAGUUAAGAGGUCUUCCUCAUCCGAUCCACACUGGAAACUGGUUGUUCAGCCACUCUCUAAUGGUGGUCCGAUAAUGUCCUGGAGCCCCAUCUUGUUGAAGAACAACGGUCUUGAGGAGACCAACUCGAUCGAGUCCCAGCGUCGGCCAGAGAAACAGCGUGUCAAGAGCCAUAGCAGCACGAGUCCAAGCUCUGACUAUGAAGACCAGGAAGAAGGGGAACAUCACUCUCAGCAGUUGGCUACCGUGCAUGCUAGUGAUGAUGGCGUGAAGGUCACAGCAGAAGUCGCAACAGCACCCGGUCGCAUCAGAGGCCUACAGAAGAAGGCAGCUCGGACCAAGACGUCCGGGGACACCAAUGUUGAGCGGAAGGGGGACUCUGCCUUCCCGUCUGCCAGCUCCCUUGAGAGCUUGCCCAGUGGCUCUGGAUCCAGUACCCAGGCCCUGGUGCCGGCGGACAGCAACCACAGCUCGCUGUCGGCCGAGGAUCGAGACUCGAGCCCCCUGACCCCGCAAGGGGCCGUCGUGCCGGGGGGCGUCAUCGGCAAGGCGAGGGCGCUCGUCGACUACAUACCCAGCCCUUACGACAAGGACGCCCUCAGGUUCAAGAAAGGGGAGGUGAUAGACAUCCUCGCGAUGAACCCUAGCGGGCUGUGGAAGGGGUCUCUGCACGGCCGCGUCGGCACCUUCAAGUUCAUCAACGUCGAGGUGGUGGGGACCCGGAGGAGCGGUCGCGACCGGCUGCGGGAGAAGUUCUCCGCCCGAGGCAGGCCCCAGUCUGUCGAGGAGCUUCUCCAGAGAAUAAACCUGGAGGAGCACAUCUCCGUGUUUGUGCUGAACGGCUACGAGGACCUGGAGCUGUUCAAGGACCUGGAGGAGGAGGACCUCGACUACCUCGGGAUCGCGAACCCGGAGCACCGGGCCAAGAUCCUCACGGCCGUCGACCUGCUCCACGACUAUGACUCGCCUGACAGUCCUGAGAACACAGACGGUGAGAGCCCGGCUACAAGCAGUGACGAAGCUGGGACCCCUGACAGGAAGCUGGCGGGGGGAAGUCCGGCCCAGCCAGUCCUCCAGCGUGACGGCAAGCAGCUGCCCUUGCGACUCAUCCACUUCCCUCGGGAGUUGGAGCUGUCUGCAAGGGAGCGCCUGCAACCGCACCAGCGCCACAGACGACUGCUGAUGCAGGGUACCGUCCCCCACCAACACCACCACCACCACCACCACCACACCAAGCGGUCGUCGCCGACGGGGAGCUGCGACGGCCCGCGGAGGGAGACGCCCAACAACCUGGGCUGCGACGUGGCCGCUCUGCAGCAGCGCUUGCCCGCCGACGACUCGGGACGCUCCCCGGACCCCGGGGCCAACCCGCAGGCGGGCAGGACCGCUCAGCAGCGACUAGAAUCCCCGCAUGAGCAGCAACACUUCCACCCCAACAUCCCUGCAAGAUCCUCCCCCGUCCCCCACCCCGCGUCUCCCUCGGCAGAAACCCGCGCUUCUUCAUCCCCUUUGAGAACUCCUGUCGAUUUCAAGUCUGAUUCCUACGUAGUGGCGCGAGGGAAGCUGGUGGCGAUAGAGUCGUGCAGGAAGAACGUCGGUCCCCCUGGCUCGCCGGUGGGUAGUUUAAGGUGCGGCCGGCUGCAGCAGCAAGUCUCGCUGGAAUCCCCCGGCAGCCGGCGGUCCCCGUCGAGUGGUUUCGCGAGUCUCCCACCAAACGCGGAGGCGGAGAGGUCCGCCGGGUCCCCCGUCGUAGAGGAUUCGUGCGAGACCAAUCCGAAGCUCACGAUGGUGAAGUUCGUGGUGGGCGGGAGCACGGACUUGGGACUCGGCUGCGAGAGCGGAAACGUGGGGGUGGUGGGCGGCAAGGGGGGCUGCUUCAGCGAGAAGUCGAGCGACUCGGGCGUCAGCUCCAGCAGCCUCUCGUCGGCCAACCCGCGGGAGAACAGCAUCAGGAAGGAGGGUCGAGGCGGCUACGUCGCUUCCGCGGUGUCCGCCAUGGAGAGUCCCACGAGGGGUUUCCAGGGCUUCGGCCCAAUCGUCAACAGUCGAGCUUCUGCCGCCGUCGCGACCGGGAAACCCCAGGGCCACAAGUUCCAGAGCUCAGAAAAAAACUCAUACCAAUGAGUAUCGGUGGGUGAAGGAAACUGAUGCUUUCAGCGACUCAUAUCAAAACUUAGUCAAUAACAUUACUUAACAAACAAUAUUUCCUAAUCUUGUAACCUGUUGCAUUUCUUUCAAUUCUCCGUACAAUGUGUAUAGUUUUUUGUUUGGGUUUGAAAGAGUGCCAUUCCUCUUGUGUGUUACGGUUUUCUUCCAAAUUUAUGAAAAAUUUAAUGUGUACCAUAUUGUCGUGUUAAUAAAACCCUUGUAAAAAAUUUAGAGUUUAAGAAUAAAAAGCUGUGUUUUAUCAUGUGGCAUGUGGUGACAACUCGCACGUGUUAUAUGCCCAUAUCUGUAGUAUGCAGGUGCCAACAUUUGGUUUUACGUUAUCCACACUCAAAGUUUGCAAGAUUUGAAGUGUUCCUGCUUCCAUUAAUUUUUUUUCAUUUAAAGUAUAAUUUUAAAUUUCAUAAGUGGUUGCAUAUUUUUAUAAGCCACUGGUGCUAGAAAAAAACUGUUUUAUCGUAUAAUUGGUAUUUUCAAAUGUAACGAUUUUGUAAAGCUUUAUGGAAAGAGCUCAAGACUGAUGGACUUGUCAUCAUAAGAAUUUUAUACAUUUAAACAAAGGUUAGAAUUUUCAUGAAGAUUUGUUUUUGUCUGAAUUUCAUCUCCCUUAUUGAAAAAAGCCCACUAACACUAUUUAAAGUUAUACCAGAUAUGUGGGGUUUGUGUUUGUAAGCUUAUGUGAUACUUUUGUUUUUGUAAUUUAAUUGCUCUUCAUAUUUUGUUUCAAAAUGAGUCAUAAGCUGAUACCAAAAUGUAAAUAUUGCUAUUUUGCAACUGAAAGAAUGAAAAUACUGUUGAAUUUUUUUAUGUAUAAGUAGUAGUUACUAUCAAAAA